ACAAAUCAAUCCGUAGUCAAGAAGCUAACCCCAAAACAACACUUUGGCCGAGAAGAAAAAGUAUAAAAACCUCGACAUUUUAUAGCAAUUGAAAGAUGACAUUUCUUGGAGAAAUAAAAAACCUAUACAAGUUCUAAUGGACUUUCUCUGUGUUCUUACCCUUUCUCUUAUUUUAUAUCUAUUCCCUCUUCAUCUCACAACAGCAUCCUCUAUUGCGUUAAAACAAGGAAUAUCUCUUGACGAUAUACAGACGCUGGGAAACUGGGUUGAUUCAAAGACAUUUCAGAAUCAUUACCGGCGGGAACACUUAUCGACAGUGGAUUUUACCAACCAAGUACUGGGAACAGAUCUACCAAUGGUUCAGCUUGAUGAAGGCUCUAACAAUGAUGAAGAAAACCAGGAGUUUUUCGAUGCUACUGAAGGUUUUUGGUGUUUCUUACGCUGGAGCAGCAAUUUAUGUUUAUUGUUCUAUGUUUGAAGGUCUUAAUACAUUCUUGAGAGAAAUUUAUUUCGAUCUUG